UUGACAAGCAAAAGAAGAGCAGGUGUUUGAGUGGCUUGAGAGAGAGAGUUCGGGAUGGCACUCUGGUGGACAUUAUGUCCGCUGGUCCUUGCGUUCUUGCCCGCAGCAGAGGCUUUGACACUGUACGACCCAUGGCUGUGCUACAUCCUGGAUGGCUUCCUGGGUCUGUAUGGCCUGGUCAUCACCGCUAUGUUCAUCAAGGAGAAGUUCUUCAAAACUAAGGUGGAUGGCAGCUACAUGGUUGGAAGAGGCAAAAAGGCUGAGAGUGGUUUGCAGGGGACAGGCGACCUGGAGAGGGGACGAAAUCACUGGUUGAAGGACAAUGCCACGUACACGGACUUGAACAAACGAACAGAUGGUGAAUACAGAGAACUUCCUGCUAAAAGAGAUCGACCCAGAAGGAAGGAGCAGAUUUACCAUGGUCUCAGCGCAGCAAACAUCGAGACCUAUGACGCCCUACAGAUGCAGCCACUUCCUGUACGCGCCACAGACAGACAGACAGUUGUGCAUUGAACUCUUUUCCAUGCCUUGUCGGUGCCUUUCUACUCUUUAAUACAAUUCAUUCAGCAAAAUAAGUUAUAUAAAUUAUUUGAAUACUUGUGAUUGGACAAACAAAAUCUACAGAAGCCAAGAGACAUGCUACAAAAUGAACAGGAAUAGACUGUUGAGAAUAAAGUAAUACAAUUUCAUUGAACAAAUACUCUAAUUGAAGUUGUAAAUGUAGGUCAGUAAUUUUGAUUGUGUUUAGGCCUGCAGAGAAAGCCUUGCUGGCCCUGACCACCUGCCACUGGUUUUCAACAUAUUAUAAGAGCCCACUAUAUCCAACAGAUAGAACCAGUUUUCUUUGUUUCAAUAUGUAAUACAUGUUACAAUAUGUUACAUUCUGCAUUCUACUAAACUUAUUAACUUUACUAGUCCAGUUUUUCAAAAUAUUUUUUUUUUCACAAAUGAAAAAAAUGGUAAAGUGGUACAUGUUAAACACUGGAAGUGAAGAAAUUAUCAGUAAUUGCUGAGACAUUGAGAGAGGGAUUUAUUAAAUAAACUGCUUCUUUCUACUCAUUUUUGGACAUGUUGGAUUGUGCAUGUGUAACCAUGUCAUAGGGUUCUAUGUAACUCUAAGCAUGUUCAAAAUGCUUAGAAUAAUUCA